AUGGAGGAUUCACUCUUUCUAUAUCAGUUGACUCUUCGUCGACCUUCACAUACAUCCAAUGUUGUUGUUGGUCAAUUCACGCCUAAUAAAAAGGUUCAAGAGUUGAUCUUUGCGAACGGAACCAACAUCGAGAUGUAUAGACCCAACCAGAGCUCAGGCAAACUACAUAAAAUAUGCCAACAAGAUACUUGGGGUGAAGUACAAGGAUUGGAUAUAUAUAGAUUAUCUGGUUCCUCCGAGGAUUUACUUGUAGUCACUUCAGACAGCGGGAAGCUUACAUUCUUAAAGUUCGAUAUUGUGCAUAGUCUAUUUUAUCCUGUGUUAUCGGAACCUCAUUCUAAGACUGGAUUUAGGAGAACAACACCGGGUGACUAUCUUGCUAUAGAUCCUCAAAACCGGGCAAUUAUGAUCUCUGCCAUUGAAAGAAAUAAAUUAGUUUAUAAAGUAUCUUCGUCAGACCAGAGCCUGCUUAUACAAGUGAGUGCUCCAUUGGAAGCAAAUUCCAGAAAGCAUAUUACAUUUGGUUUAAUUGCUUUGGAUACAGGGUUCGAGAACCCUAUUUUUGCAUCUAUUGAAUGUAAUUAUGGGAUAUAUGAAAAUAGUAGUAAAGACGUAGAUGCAGAAUUGUUACUAGUAUACUACGAAUUUGACCAAGCGUUGAACCACAUAGUCAGAAGGAAAUCGAAAGUGUCGAUUCCCGGAACUUCCAGUAAGCUCAUUGCUGUUCCAAAUUCUGCUGGAGGUGGGGUAAUGAUAUGCUCUGAAUCCAUGCUAACCUAUGAAGCUAAAGAUGGUGAUAGGAAGUAUAUUCAGAUUCCAAGAAGAAAUGGCGAAUCAACUAGUGCUCAAAUACUUUCAUUCGUAGUUCAUAAAAUGAAGAAGAAGAAGUUUUUCAUUUUACUUCAGUCUAACUUAGGUGACCUUUUUAAAUUGACUUUUCAAUACAACGAAGAAGAGGAAUCUAUGGAAUCAAUAAAUCUAACAUACUUUGACACCAUUCCAGUUUGUCACUCACUUAGUAUCUUGAAAGCAGGAUUUCUUUUGGCAAAUGUUGCUAAUCUGAACAAAUUGUAUUAUCAGUUUGAAAACUUAGGAGAAGAUGUCGAUGAUAGCACAUCGAGGGAAACAGACGAGAUAAGUGAAGUAAUUUCACGUUACGAGGUAAGGAAAGAUGAAAAUCUUGCAAAUCUAUCCUUGGUGGACUCAAUAGAGACGCUUAAUCCAAUUAUUGGCUCUACUCUAAUUGACUCUACGAAGCAGAUUGUAACAUUGUCUUCAAAUUCGUACCUAAAGACUUUGACACAUGGGCUACCUACUUCUAUAGUCGUAUCGUCUCCUUUGCCCAUGCACCCUACAUCUAUUUAUACGUCCAAAUUAGAAUCGGACUCAAAGAACGACGACUACUUGGUCUUAUCUUCAACCUUAUCUUCUACAACUUUGGUGCUAUCUAUUGGGGAAGUUGUUGAGGAAGUUUCUGACUCACAUUUCAUUGCAAAUCAACCUACAAUCUCAGUACAACAGAUUGGGAAAAGCUCUAUUAUUCAGAUAUACCCUAACGGUAUUAGACAUGUCAAUUCGAAAUCAAAAGAAACUACGGACUGGUAUCCUCCGGCUGGUAUAUCAAUUACCCUGGCAAGUUCUAAUAACGAACAAGUUAUAGUAGCGUUACUGAAUAGAGAAAUUUGCUAUUUUGAGGUAGAUCCAACCGAUAAUCAAUUAAUAGAAUAUCAAGAUAGAUUAGAAAUGUCGGGUGGAAUCAUUACGUCAGUAGCGUUACUGGCAAAUAAGCAGCUUGAUAGCGUUAAAUGUUCAUUCGCAGUUGUUGGAUGUGCUGAUUCAACAAUAUCAGUUAUCUCUUUGCAGCCUCACAAUUGUUUGGAAAUCAUUACGCUCCAAGCCCUUUCGUCGAAUUGUACAUCUAUGAUAAUACUAAGUGGCAGUGAAUUACAUAUCGGGAUGGAGAACGGAUUAUAUGCCAGAUCACGUAUUGAUUCUAGGACAGGAAAUCUUUCUGAUACAAGGACGAGGUACUUGGGAAAUAAGCCUGUGGAAUUAUCAACUAUCAAAUUACUGGAUGCUGGUAAUGGUUCUGGAGAUGAGGAACUGAUUACCGGUGUACUUGCAAUUUCAUCAAAGUCUUGGAUUGGCUACAAUUAUCAUAAUAAUUUUAAAUUAACGCCAUUACUUAAUGUAAAUAUUAAUUCAGGAGCCUCGUUCUUUUCGGAAGAUAUUGGGGGUGAUGCUAUCGUUGCUAUUAAUAAACAAGACGAGCUAGUCAUUUUUACCUUGGGAGAUGGUGAAUCGAACGUUUCUAUGGAUGAAGACUUCUCCAUAUCGUCAAUGAAGUUACGAUACACUCCAAAGAGAAUGGUGAGAGAAGAGGAAGCUGGUUCAGAUCAAAUAUUGUACGUUAUUGGUUCCCAACUUGGAGUUGAAUCCAACAUUCCUGCCACUCGGUUGGAAGUAGGAAAGACGAUUGAAAGUGAAAUUGAAGUUGAAGAUAUAGAUCCAACUCCAACUCCUGGUUGCUGGAGUUCUUGCCUUCAAAUCGUAGAUGUUUUUGAACAGAAAGUUAUUCAAUCCAUCGAAUUUUCAACUAACGAACGUGCCCUAGCAGUGGCAAUAGUCAUGUUUUCCGACAGUAACAAGUCUCUCGUCAUUGGAACAAGCGCUGAAGGAAAGUAUUACUUGUACGUUUUCAAACUUGCUAAAAGUCUCCAUUUCCUUCAUAAGACUGAAGUGGACUUUCCUCCAAAUGUACUUUUGGGCUUCCAAGGGAAGUUGCUUGUUGGUAUGUCGAAUUAUCUUAGACUCUACGACCUUGGUCAAAGGCAAUUGUUGAGGAAAGCAUCUACAUUAAUUGAUCAAAUGAAAAAUAUUGUAUCAAUUAGCCUUCAAGGUAAAGAUGGUAGGUUGGUAGUUGGAGAUAUUGCAUCCUCUGUUUCAUUUGUUAAGUUUGAUGUCUUGGAGAACAAAUUCUUUCCAUUUGCCGACGAUAUUUUGAGAAGACAGAUUACGACCAUUUCGAAAUUAGACUACAAUACAGUAGUGGGAGGAGAUAAGCUCGGUAAUGUAUUUGUAUCAAGAGUCACCUCAUCCUUGUCGAAGAGAGUUGAUGAAGAUUGGAGUGUAAUGAAAUACCAGCCAUCAUAUUUAAAUGGAUCAGCUUCAAGAUUCCAAAAUAUUUGUGAAUACCACCUUGGAGAUAUUCCUACAUCAUUUGUCAAUGGGUGCUUAAAUAUAGGAGGAGUUGACUCAAUAAUAUAUACAGGGUUACAAGGGUCAUUAGGAUUACUUUUACCAUUUGCUACCAAGCAAGAGAUUGACUUUUUCACCAAAUUACAAUUUGAGUUGAGAGAAUUCUUUGACUAUAACUUUGAUGAAAUAAAUAUUAAAGGAGGAGAUUCAAACAUUUUGAGUAGAGAUCACAAAAAGUUUAGAAGCUAUUAUAAUCCUGCUCGUAAUGUAGUUGAUGGUGACCUUAUUGAAAGAUUUGUUGGAAUUCCUCAAGCAAUAAAGGUAAAAAUCAGUAACAAGUUAGAUGGAUCUCCACAGGAAGUGGAGAGAAAGAUUGCAGAGCUUCGUAAUAGAUCUGCAUUUUAA